UCAGCGAGCCUCAGCUCCACUCGCUCUUAUUUCAGGGAUUUGUAGUUUUUAGUGUAACGAACUCCUACGCCCGGCAGAGGCCUUUGUGAGAGUAAAACUACAGUUCCCUCAGAGCUACUCAGAGGUGUUAGUUGUCAAUAUGGCUGUUGUCAGACAGACAAAGCAGAGAGGCAAAUAAUUCGCCUCUGAUUAGAAAUCCUUGGAAAGGGGUCGGACAGGGCACUGUAUUCAUACCGCCUUACUGUUCGGCUGCAGUGAAAGACACAGCGGGUCUUUGCUCGAGUUACAAAGUUAAAUGGUUAAGUGGACGAUUUGAACCGAGCAGCAGGAUGUCUGAGUUCAGCGAGGAGCCGCGCUUCACCAUCGAGCAGAUAGAUCUGCUGCAGCGGCUGCGUCGCUCCGGCAUGAACAAGCAGGAGAUCCUGCAUGCGCUCGAAACUCUGGACCGGCUGGACCGGGAGCAUGGCGACAAGUUUGGCCGCCGCACAUCUUCCUCCUCCUCCUCCUCGUCCUGCUACGGAGUAGGUGGGGCCAACAGCUGCACCAACAACUCUGCCUCCAACACUACUACAUCACUCAACAAUAACAACACUGCCUCUGCAACCACCACCUCUUCCGUGACGUGCAACGGCAACACCACCACCGGCGAGGGCGAUCACUCCGCGCCCGCCGCGUCUUCCACCACCUCCAAAAUCUCCACCGCCACGCAGACGCAGUUCGGCAGCGCAGGGGGGCUCUCGCCGUCUCCAAGUAACAGUUACAACACCUCCCCGCCUCCGGGACCACCGCCGCCUUCUGCCAUCUUGCCCUCUCCGGUCUCACUGGUGGCUCUGACGCAGAACGGCCGGGAUAGCCUAGCCGCCACACCCAACGGGAAGCUGUCUCCUCCCAGAUACCCAGUGAACAGCGCGGCCGCAGCACGAGCGUUCGGGUUCGAAGCUACAGAAGAAGACCUGGACAUCGACGACAAGGUGGAGGAGCUGAUGAGGAGGGACAGCAGCAUGGUGAAAGAGGAGAUUAAAGCGUUCCUGGGGAACAGGAGGAUCUCUCAGGCAGUGGUGGCACAAGUUACCGGCAUCAGCCAGAGCAGGAUCUCCCAUUGGCUGCUGCAGCACGGCUCCGACCUGAGCGAGCAGAAGAAGAGGGCCUUCUACCGCUGGUACACGCUGGAGAAAACAACUCCAGGUGCCACUCUGAACAUGCGGCCUGCUCCGUUACCUCUGGAGGAUAUGGAGUGGAGGCAAACCCCACCACCUAUCAACACUGCCCCCGGAACGUUCCGCCUGCGCCGAGGGAGUCGCUUCACCUGGAGAAAAGAAUGCCUGGCCGUGAUGGAGAGCUACUUCAACGACAACCAGUACCCGGAUGAGGCCAAGCGGGAGGAGAUAGCAAACGCCUGCAAUGCUGUUAUUCAGAAGCCAGGGAAGAAGCUGUCCGAUCUGGAGAGGGUCACCUCCCUGAAAGUUUACAACUGGUUCGCCAACCGCCGCAAAGAGAUCAAGAGACGGGCCAACAUUGAAGCCACAAUCCUGGAGAGUCAUGGAAUAGACGUCCAGAGUCCGGGGGGACACUCCAACAGCGACGACAUCGACGGAAACGACUUAUCAGAGCAGGCAUUUGACCUGCCCUAUUUUGACAAGAGACCUCUCAGCCGACCUUUUGGCCUUUACCGCCUGGAGCCCACCUCGCCAACACAGGAGGACGGCGCGGCGCACAUCGAGCACCAGGACCCCAUCUCGCUGGCUGUGGAGAUGGCUGCUGUCAACCACACCAUCCUGGCCCUGUCCAGAACCGGGGGGGUCCCAAACGACAUCAAGACGGAGUCCCUGGAGGACGAAUGAACUGCACAGGAAAGCGGAAGAGAAAUGACUGUCAAAGAAAGGAGGAGAAAAAACAGGGAGAUAAAAAAACAAACAAACAUAGACCAAAAUAAUGUUACUUAGUAAAUCUGGAUCCGUCCCCCCCUCUCAGCUUCCCUCCUCCAACACAGUCAAUGUAAACAGUAAUCCCCCCCCCCCUACCUAAUGUAUUGACACAGCUGGAGGAAAUGGGUCUCCUAAAGUGUUCCACGGAAAGAAGAUAAAGGGGGGAACCCAGGCCUUCAACCCCUGAAUCAGUGACCCUCAUCUGGGAUUGUAUCUCCCUUCUCCCCCCUCACAGGAUACCUCUCCUCUUACUCCCCCGUGCUUCCCUCUCCAGCCUGGUUGUCUGAGCCGAUCCUCAGUCUAUAUCACCUCAGCGUCAACCUCAAGAAAAAAAAAACAACGUGUACUGUAUAUAUAUAAUAUAUAUAUGGUUCUUAUGGUUCUCAGUCACACUCUACCUACCUGCGUAACCCUCAGAUUAUCCUCUUCAUUGUGCAGUUCAUCGGAAGAGCGACUUCCAGCAGCUGUCUGGGGAAAGAUGGAGGGAGAGAGGUUCCUCCUCCCCCUCUCUGGAAGGAUAAUCAGAAGCAUACAGUUGCUGUCUUACACCCUCAUUUCUUAGUGGAGUGGCUUUUUACAUGAGCCGCUGUUGGAUGAAAACCUCUAAAAAGAAGUAGCCUUAAUUUCAUACAGGAAACUACACCUUUACUUUUUGCAGUAAACACCUCGUUUUUUCCCUGAAACUACCACACACUUUUUAGUAUGCAUACAAACUGUAAAGGUUUAUAUCCAACAGCAGCAGUGGUUUCUUUCACCUGCGUUUAUACUUUUUUUUUUUGCCUAGAUGGCGACUGGAUCUACAAUCAUUUAGCCUCCCAGUGACACUACUGUUCAGAACUCGAGGGUAUGAAGGUUAAUUUAGGUUCAAUGUGAUAAUCAAGCAAAUGUAAGCUAUUUAAUAAGGGGAACUGUGCUUUGUUUUCAUCCAUGCCAAAGGAAAAGAUGCUUGGAGCUAAAAGCUUAAAGGCUAAACUACUGUAGGACUGAUCUUUAAAAAAUGGUGUUCAUCCAAAGCGAUUUCUGCUAGCUCCUUUGGCGCACGUAGGGCAUUUCCUAGCUCGGUGAAGCCUCUGGAGCUAGCGCACCGUCGUACGUGGUUCUGACACUACAGCAGACCUGUGUGGGGAAAGAUAGGUAUUAGCAGCCACACAUAUAACGAUAAAUUACCCCUAAGCUAUUUACUACUUGUUCUGUGAAGCUGCCUCUUUAUUAUAACAGAAAGAAUGUGCUUUCAGAGAUUUUUUUAAAACAUCAAAUUAGACUAAAUCCACACUGGAAAUGGUUUAGAAUAUCAAAAGAGGCGAUUUAAGUUUUUAUUUAAUCUAUAUAGCCUCAAAGGCAAAAGCACCACGGAAUCAAAGAUAUAGGAAGUGGUUGUAUUGGAAAUACAUUUUCCACUUUUUUGCGCCGGGUUUAAGUUUUCCAAAACCAUCAAUCAACCAAGAUAAUCAUCAUGCCAUAAGAAGAGACAAAGUGCUGUCUUUCUUAAGGCUAAAGUCUCUUAGUUCUCACUUCAUGUUGAGUAUUAUCUCUUUUUAAAGUCCAAGAUUGAUAAAUGGAAACGAUUAAAAUAUAGUUUGAGCAGAAUUCAAUGUGAGGAUUGAUACUGCCCUCAUGUCUGUACGCUGAACAUGAAACUGAAGCCAGGAGACCGUUAGCUUAGCUUAGCCUAGCAUGAAGACUGCUCGAAUGUGCUAUAGCUAGCAGUCUUCAUGCUAGGAUAAGCUAUAGCUCACUGCUAGGUUAAAGCACAUUAAUUAACUCAGUUUAUUUUGUGUUACUACAGCCAUACAACAAUAUAAGUAAAAACAAAACAAGUCGUGGUGUUACAGAUGGUUACACGCUGAAGUAACUUUUUAUUCUUUUGCUGGAGCUAUAACCGAGCCAAGCUACCCAGUUUAUUUGCUAGGCUAAACAUUUUUUAUCGAAGGUUAGAUUAGCAUAUAGACACCUUCUCUAUUUAGCUUCAUAUUCAGCUUCAUGUUUAGCGUACAGCCAUGAGAGUGGUAAUUUCUUUUCUGUUUUCGCCCAGCAAGUAUUUAAAAAGGUCAAUGUCAAACGUGUUGUUUAAAGGAACACAUGCCUUAGUGAUGGUUUUGGAGGACUGGGGAAAUAUUCUACUUAGCGGGAUUAAACUCAGCAGUUAGCUAGUUAUACGCACAUGUAAUAUUAUGUUUAAAUAGGCAAAUAUGGACGUUAAUGCUUUUAAAUAAUCUAGUAUCUGGAUCCUGCUUGUAGAAUAUCUCCCAGCCCUGGGCUCUAGUUUAGUAUAGCUCUAUUUAAAUUAUCGCUUCUCUAUGUACGAAGCUGCGAUUACAGUGACUUGGUACUAGGAACUGUGUUUCAAAAAGAAAGGGUUGAAAGAUAAAACCAAUAUGUAUUUAUACUCAUUUUUUAUGGUAAUGUACAAAAAAGAAUGACAUAUGUUUUCAAUUGAAACAUGCUUAUAUUGUUAAGCUCAUCCUGCAUUUAAAUUUCUCCUGAAUCAUUUUUUCCAUAAUCAUUUAAAUUUAGUUUUAUUUGUGUCAUCCCUCAUUUGACUGAACAACAGUCUCCCUGUUUGUGUCUGAGCUAGUAAGCUAAUUUGUGAAAGAUGAAAAACGAUGCACCUUAUUUUUUAAAACAGAAUCGCCAUUAAUGAAAGUUAAAAUGUAACCUUCCCUUCCUUGGGCCUUCCUUUUUAAAAUUGCAAAUGUCCGAAACAUUAUUAUGGGGCUGGUGGGAAACACAUUCCUUUACAGCUGCUCCACACCUUAUAUUAAAUCCAGCCACCGUUUGUGCUGUUUUCACUUUAAAAUAACGCCACAUCAAACUCCAUAGUGAAAUGUUUUAACAUUGAUCUUCCUCUGGCAAAGUGUAUAACUGACAAAAAUGAAUUAAAGAAAUAGAUACAUUUCAAAUGAAUAUAUAGCUUCAAGUUAUAUACAUUACAAUGCUGAGUUUCCUCUUGUACUAUUGCUAUACUGUUGAAGUUAUACUUAAUAGUGCAAUUGCUGUUAAAACUUUACAGUACAGGUGGUUAUUGCUCAUUAUCUCCAAUAUUGAAACUAGCGACAAAAGAGCUGUUCCUAGCAAUUCAUUGGUCGUGCUUCAUUUAAUGUUUGAGGGACGUUUCUAGAUUGUCACCCUAGGUUAUCGAAAGCGUUAAAAAACUGCCAAACUAACGCAUAGAGAGCGUUAUCAUCUAUACAUGACCACAUUGUCGAAGGCGAUUGGGAUUGCAUAAACGUUAUUAGGGGUCCCCGAAAUACAGUUUGUACACAACGCACUAGAAAUAAAUAUGUCUUGUAGAUCUAAAAAUACUUUAAAAAAAUAAUAAAAUCAAAGAAUAGGCACAUAUGCGCACAGAUAUUCUAUCCCUUUUUUUUCGUGAAAUAAUACAAUAAAAUUGUGUUUGAAUUGUGCUAUUUGGUGAAAUGUGUUCCAUAUUUGGAACUGUAACACAACUCAAAUCAGAUUUUGACUAGAAAAGUACACAGAACAGUUUACUGGGUGUCUAUGCCUGACCACUGCUGGCAUUCUUUGCUAGACUGAAUACAAACCACAAUUGUCUUAACUUUAAACUCUGGACAAGAACUGUCCCUAAUUCCUAGGUCAAUAUUCAAAACUGAAGCAGUUGUUGAUCGAUUGCAACUAAGAGGAUUCAAUGACAGUCCAUAAAAUACAGUUUUCAAAAAUGUUAACUAAAAGAGGUCAUAAAUGAGCACAACAUAUGAGGAUACUGGCUGCAGUAGAAUGCCAGAUUAGCGACAGACAGACACCUGAAUGGUAACGCCUGCAGAUAGUAGGUGAGCUGGUAUCUGGACUCUUAAUGAACCUUUUUCUCUAUGGAGUUUGGUGUGUCACUCUCCCCUUAUAAAUAAUAUUGAGUGUCUUGAAUGAGUUGUGCGUGGAAGGAAAAGACUACAACUGCAUUUAGAGAUUAUUCUCUCACUAUAAGACACUUUUCAAUGAGUUGCCUUAGUGUCUGAGAGAUGCCACGGCCCAAUUAGCAAGUACAAGUUUUAAUCCAGCAGUAUUUUAUGUGAGCCUGACAGAAAUGUUGAUGGGGCGGAAGAAAGAACCCUCAGGUGCUUAAAAAGAUUUUGUGCUCUUCCAAGAGAAAACUGGAAGCAGAUGAAUCUUUAAUUACAAACUGAAAUCUGAAACGGGCUUUCCCCCAACCCAAUGUGGUGCGUUCUCCGGUGGUAGUGCUUUUACUUUGAAAGGGUUUCCUCGUGGUGUCAGGGUCAACACGUCUACAUGUCCUCCUGUGUCCCCAGUGAAAACACCACCCACCUCAUCCCAGUAUAGCUCUGCUAAGAGGACUGAAUGCUGUUGUACCAAGCUCAAAUCUAGUUAUGUUCAAAAUUACUGUAUUGCCCAUUUCAGAAUUUAGUGCCUUUUUUGGACAGUAGACUGUUCUGUAAUUAAGAUGUAGUAUAUAUACAUUUUUUUGUACAGUUUCUUUGUUCAUUUUUUUAACUUGUGUUUAUUUUAGUAUGAUAUAUAUAUAAUGUACAAGAGAAUAAAGCUAUAUCAAUGA